AUGACCAUUCAUCAUUGUAAUUCCCAAGUUUCAAUUGAAGAAUUAUACAAUGAUGACGAAAUAGAUACAAGAUAUUCUGAUGGACAAAGUAACUACCACUUUAAAUUAAAUUAUUUUCCAACAAGCACAAAUUCAAAUUACACUGGUGAAGAAUUUUUAAGUUUAGAAAGAGGUGCUUUCAUAAGACCAUAUAGGUUAGCUCAAAGUUGUACAUUAAUUGGCGCAUCAGUUAAAAUAGAGGAUUGUCAAUUCAUUGGACCAGCUCCAGUCUAUAAUGGUCUCCCCUAUUCAAUCGUUAUAUCAUCAGAUCUAACAUUAACAAUUGCAGGUUCAAUAAAAAAUAUUCCAAUUCUUAUUGUUCAAGGUCAUCUAUUAUUACAUCCAAAUUAUAAUGUAACACUUUCAUUCUAUAAGAUGCAAAUCUUAUCACGUGGUACUUUUGAAUCUGCACCAAAUCAAGGAGUUAAUCAUACUAUCAUCGUAGAAAGAUCACCUAAUGAUUACCAAAUUGAUCCAUGGGAUAGAAAAGAUAUUCCAUCAAUACUUUCUCUUGGUGGUAAUAUUACGAUUAGAGGUUUCGAUUCAAGCUCGACAUGGACCGGUUAUGAUAGAAUUAAUCAAACAACAUUCAUUAGAUCUUUUCCAUUCACAAAUAAUGGAUUACCAAUUAUUAAAUUAGGUGGUUUAAGAAAUGUAGUGGGUAUUGAACAAUAUAAGUUAGAUAAUUAUUAUACAAACAUGACAAAGAAUGUUUAUAAUGAUAAAUAUGCAUUUGAUCCAAUGAAAACACCUCAUACUGGUCAUGUAUUAAUAAAUCCUUAUAAUAAAAAUGUUUGGAUAAAAGGUAUUGGUAGUUGUUCAAUAGUUUUCACUGGUUCAUCAACUGUAAAUAUUAAAAAUUCAGUAUUUUAUGAUUUCGGACAUACAACAUCAUCACCAUUGGAUCAAAUCAAUAAUAUUCCAAAUAGAUAUCCAAUCACAUUAUACCACAAUAAAAAAUCAGUAAAUAUUGAAAAUAAUUGUUUUUUACCAUCAAUCAAUUCUCCACAAAAAAGUUCAACAACAAGAUCAUUCAUUGGUGCAAUUCGUUCAUUUGGUAAUAUCAUUGGUAAUUCAUUCGUAUUAAGUGAAUCUUCAACCGGAAUGGCUAUGAGUGGUAUUUCAUUAUUAUAUGGUACCGAACAAUUCAACAUCAGUUAUAAUUCAUUCAUAUCAAUUUAUACAAACACUGUGGUAGAAUCAUCAAGUAGACAAUAUCCAGAUAAUAUCAAUUAUAUCAAUAGUGGUAUUAUUACAACUUCACCAUAUUCAUUCUACGAAUCAAAUGUAUUUGAAGGUAGAUUCAAAGGUGGUGCAAUUCAUAUUAUUCCAUUACAAUCAAGAUCAACAAUUGCUGGUUUAAAUAGUGAUAAAUUAUUAGGUAUUUACAAUGGAUAUGAACAAUCAAAUCUCAAUGAUAAAGUACCCAAUAGUAUUUGGAAUAAAGUUAUAUUCAAAGAUAAUGUAUUCUUUGGUGAAUCAGAAUUUCGUGUCACAUAUCCAAUGUCAUUUCAACCACCAAUUAAAAUCAACUUUUUAAGAGGUUGGCAUAUUAAUCAAAGACCAUCAAAAACAUUACCACCAAAUGAAGCAAAUGUAGAUUACUCAUAUGAUUCAUCAUUAAUUGGUGAUUUUAUAAAAAUCUAUCUUACUGAAUCCAAUACACUCUUUGGUAAAUGCAAUAGUGUUUCAUUAAAGAAUGUAGAUUUAUCAUUUUCUUAUGCGUUUUUCUCAGAUUCUUUUAGAUGCAAUUACAUUUCAAUCGUUGAUUCAAAAUUCUCACAACAAAUAAAAGACUAUGAUGAUAGUGUUGGCUUUAUUAAAAAAUUAUCUAAUCAACGAUACCUUUCAAAUGUUAAUGGUACAAAAGGAAGUUUUUUAGAUUCAGUAACUGGACUAUUACCUUUUUAUCAACUAUCACCAAAGAGUAUUAUUGAUCAACCAUUAACUCAAAAUAAUUUUACAUUCACAUUCAUUCCAAACUCUGAAUCAGUUUUAGGUAGUACAAAUCAAUCUAUUGAAACAAUAGUUGAUGAUGACGUUCAAAAUGGUACAUUCUUAAUUUUACCAGGUUCUUCAACGCAAUCAAAGUUUGUUCAAUUACCAGAAUCAGCCAAUGGUCCUUAUACAGUAGUUUUAUCAUCUAAAGUAAAUUAUAAUGAUGGUACUAAUUAUCCAGCAGGUUCUUAUUUUGCAGGUACAUAUAUUGUUGAUAACAGUGCAAAUAACUUUUAUCUUGGUAUUGAUUUAUCACCACCAACCGAUGAUCACUUUACAUCACCACCACGUGCAUUAUCAAUUUUUGGUAAACAAUGGACAAAAUGUAAUUGGAUUCAAUCAUUAAAUAAAUGUACAACUACAGGUAAAAUCUCACCAAUUUCAAGAAUGACAAUCAUUGGCGAAGAAAUCACAGAAAAUGAUGAAAUUUCAAUGAUAACUUCUUACCUUGGUAAUGAUGAAACCAAUAAUAUUCCAAGUACACUCAACAUUUCAUUAGCAGGUCCACAUCAAUAUAAAUUUUAUUUAUAUUCAUAUAAUUCAGAUUGGACAGGUUCAAUCGUUAAUCCAAUACCAUCAUUUACAAUUAAAAUCAAUGGUAAAUAUCAAGAACCAAUAACAAGAUCAGCACCAUCUUAUUUAACCUAUAAAAAGUAUGGUCCAUUCUAUUGGAAUAAUAUUAAUUCAAAUGAACAAGUUUUAUCAAUUGAUUGGGCAACUGAUAAUAUUAAAUAUUCAAUUCCAUUAUCUGGUAUUGAAAUUUAUUCAAGUAUUCAAACUCCAUUCUCAAUUCCAAUUAAUUCAAAUGAAGAAUUAUACAAUUUUAAUUUAACCAAUAUUAUUCAUGAUAGUGAAGGUAGUGAAUUUUAUAAUAUUAACUAUUUCCCAACAAGUACAAAUUCGAAUUACACUGGUGAAAAUUUUUAUAAUUUAGAUAAAAAUCUUUUAAAAGUUACCAAAGUUACAUUAUUAAAUGAUUGUGUAUUACAUGGUCAAACAGCAAGCAUAACAGAUUGUAAUUAUAAAAUAACUUCACAACAGAGUGGUUUCCAAAAUGAUGCAGGAUAUAUUUUACCUUCUGACUCUUCAUUACUUGUUAAAGGAAAUGUUACUAUCUAUGUACCAGUAGGUAGAACAUUAACAAUUUCAGGUUCACCAAAGAUAAUUCCAGUCCUUGUUGUUAAAGGUCGUUUAUUAUUAGAUCCAAACAAUGAUACAAAAUUUACAUUCUAUAAGAUGCAAAUCUUACCAAAUGGUAUUUUUGAAUCAACACCAAAUCAAACUUAUAAUCAUACAAUCGUUGUACAACAAAUAAUCGAUGCUAAUACUGCUCAAUGGGAUAGAGAAGAUAUUCCAUCAAUACUUUCAAUUUGCGGUAAUGUCACAAUUAGAGGUUUCGAUUCAAGUUCAACAUGGACUGGUUAUGAUAAAACAAAUGAAACAACAUUCAUUAGAUCAUUUCCAUUCACAAAUAAUGGAUUACCAAUUAUUAAAUUGGGUGGUUCAAGAGAUGUAAUAAGUACUGAACAAUACAAGUUGGACUCCUAUUACACAAAUAUGGUUAAAGAUUAUUUCCAUAAUGAAAAUAAAUAUGCCUGGGAUCCAACCACAGGUAGUGAUACUGGUUUUAUUUUAAUAAAUCCUUAUAAUAAAAAUGUAUGGAUUAAGGGUAUUGGUUAUUGUUCAAUGGUUUUCACUGGUUCGUCAACUGUUGAUAUUCAAAAUUCAGUAUUUUAUGAUUUCGGACAUACAACAUCAUUACCAUUAGAUGAAAAUAAUAACACUCCAAAUAGAUAUCCAAUUACUUUAUACCACAAUAAAAAAUCAGUAAAUAUUGAAAAUAAUUGUUUUUUAGCAGCAAUUCAUCCAGGAACUCCACAACAAAGUUUAACACCAAGAUCAUUCAUUGGUGCAAUUCGUUCAUUUGGUAAUAUCAUUGGUAAUUCAUUCGUAUUAAAAGAAUCAUCAACUGAUGGAUUGAGUAUGAGUGGUAUUUCAUUGUUAUAUGGUACUGAACAAUUCAACAUCAGUUAUAAUUCAUUCAUAUCAAUUUAUUCAAAUACUACUGCAGUACCAUCAAAUAGACAAUAUCCAGAUAAUAUCGAUUAUAUCAAUAGUGGUAUUAUUUCAACUUCACCAUAUUCAUUCUAUGAAUCAAAUAUAUUUGAAGGUAGAUUCAAAGGUGGUGCAAUUCAUAUUAUUCCAUUACAAUCAAGAUCAACAAUUGCUGGUUUAAAUAGUGAUAAAUUAUUAGGUAUUUACAAUGGAUAUGAACAAUCAAAUCUCAAUGAUAAAGUACCCAAUAGUAUUUGGAAUAAAGUUAUAUUCAAAGAUAAUGUAUUCUUUGGUGAAUCAGAAUUUCGUGUCACAUAUCCAAUGUCAUUUCAACCACCAAUUAAAAUCAACUUUUUAAGAGGUUGGCAUAUUAAUCAAAGACCAUCAAAAACAUUACCACCAAAUGAAGCAAAUGUAGAUUACUCUUAUGAUUCAUCGUUGGUUCAAUAUGAUUUAUAUACAAUAAGAAAGAAUUUUGCAGAAACUAAUAAUCUUUCAGGUAAAUGUAAUAGUGUUUCAUUAAAGAAUGCAAACUUUUCAUCAUCUUAUAAAUUUUUCUCUGAUUCAUUCAAAUGCAAUUACAUUUCUAUUGUUGAUUCAAAAUUCACACAAAUGAUUCAUGUUGGAAAUAGUACUGUUACUUUCAUUAAAAGAUUCGCUAAUCAAGUAUACCUUUCAAAUGUUAAUGGUACAAGAAUUCAUAGGUUAUCUGGUAUGUUUGGACGUUUAUAUCCAUUUUACCAACUAUCACCAAUGAGUAUUAUCAAUCCACCAUUAACUCAAAAUAGUUUAAAUUUUACAUUCAUUCCAAAUUUUGAUUCACCUCCUAUUAAUAGAACAUUACUUCUUGAAACUAUAAUUGAUGAUGAAAUUUUUCAAAAUAAUUCAAAUAUUGAUCCACUUGACAACCCAAUUCAUUCAAAGUUUAUUCAAUUACCACAAAGUGCCAAUGGUCCAUAUACAGUGGUUUUAUCAACUAAACCAAUUUUUCCAAAUACUUCAGGAUAUGAAAAAUUUGCUGUUGGUUCUUACUUUGCAGGUACAUAUAUUGUUGAUAACAGUGCAAAUUAUUUUUAUCUCGGUAUUGAUUUAUCACCACCAACAAUUGUCGGUGAUGAACCACAACCACCACGUGCAUUAUCAAUUUUUGGUAAACAAUGGACAAAAUGUAAUUGGAUUCAAUCAUUAAAUAAAUGUACAACUACAGGUAAAUUCACACCAAAUUCAUCAAUGACAUUUAUUCCAUCUGAAAUCACAGAAAAUGAUGAGAUUUCAAUGAUAACUUCAUACCUUGGUAAUGAUGAAACCAAUAAUAUUCCAAGUACAAUCAACAUUUCAUUAGCAGGUCCACAUCAAUAUAAAUUUUAUUUAUAUUCUUAUAACUCAGAUUGGACAGAUUCAAUCGUUAAUCCAAUACCAUCAUUUACAAUUAAAAUCAAUGGUAAAUAUCAAGAACCAAUAACAAGAUCAGCACCAUCUUAUUUAACCUAUAAAAAGUAUGGUCCAUUCUAUUGGAAUAAUAUUAAUUCAAAUGAACAAGUUUUAUCAAUUGAUUGGGCAACUGAUAAUAUUAAAUAUUCAAUUCCAUUAUCUGGUAUUGAAAUUUAUUCAAGUAUUCAAACUCCAUUCCCAAUCCCGUUUUAA